UUCGUUUCUUAGCUCAGUGGAGAAAGGGGGAGCAUUAGAUAGCAUGACGUCUUCUUCUUCAUUCCUCCUUUGAGUUUAAAAGCCAUUGACUCGAAGACGCAGCACUCCUGUUUUUCUAAGGAACUCAGAAUAAUUAAAGGAUUUCCUUUCUUGAAUGACUGCUUUGUAUAUGGGAAGGUCUUGGCUUAUCAAUAGCAGAGGACUUGCACAAAAAGUGAGAAAUGCCAGUUCCCCUGCUGAGAAUCGAAUCAAAGAUUGUGGGGCAACCCGUGAAUGCCCAAACUGUCAUCACUUGAUUGAUAACAGCGAUGUUAGCCCAGAGUGGCCUGGCUUUCCUGCUGGUGUAAAAUUUGAGCCAUCUGAUGUUGAGCUCUUGGAACAUCUGGCAGCAAAAUGUGGGGAAGGAAAUUCGGAACCACACAUGUUUGUUGAUGAAUUCAUCCCAACACUUGAGGGAGAUGAAGGAAUCUGCUAUACUCAUCCAGAGAAUCUUCCUGGUAUUAAGAAAGAUGGAAGCAGUGUUCACUUUUUUUACCGGACUAAAAAGGCAUAUGCUACUGGAACGCGCAAGCGCAGAAAGAUUAGCAAUGAAAAAGGUUUGGUGAUGGAGCACGUUCGUUGGCAUAAGACUGGGAAGACGAAAGCUGUGAUGGAAAAUGGAGUUCAGAAGGGAUGCAAAAAGGUAAUGGUUCUGUAUAGGACUACCAAGAAGGGAGAAAAGCCUGGUAAAACCAAUUGGGUGAUGCACCAAUACCAUCUGGGAAUAGAUGAAGAUGAGAAAGAAGGUGGAUAUGUAGUCUCGAAAAUAUAUUAUCAGCAGCAGAAACAGACUGAAAAUGCUGUUCUUCUGAGUGGAGAAUCUGAUAUGUAUGCAAACCAAGCCAUUCCUAUGACUCCCAUGAUAGCCAUCCCUAAUCCGCCUCGUGCUGGAGAAACGCCUUCUUGUGAUGAUUACAAUGCAGCCCUUUCACCUGCUGAGGAAGUGGAGGGGGGCAAGAAGGAGGAAUAUGUUUCUUUGUCAUCUGAUUUUCAAGUGAAGUGCGAAGAGUACGCAGGAGGGUGUUUGGCUGGAGAAUCACAGGCUGUUGAUGCAACUGACAUUGAUGAUUUUCUGUUAUGUGAUGAAAUUGUUGGUUCUUUUGAUUUGGACAAUCUGGGAUCUCAUCAUGCGACUUCUGCUAACAUUAAUCCUAUGCCGCAAGAAGCUAAUAACACUACCACCUCCACCAAUAUUGCUGAUCUUGUGAACUUGGAAACGGAAUUUUCUUUGCAGGAUCUGCCAUUUGGAUCUCAAGAUAGUAUUUCCAGCUGGCUAGACCGCUUUUGAGCUUCGGAUUACUUUACGUCAAACCAUCCGUUUGUGUGUUUUCUGUGCUGUGCCGUCAAGAUUGAAGGCAUUUGAGGUCAAGGAGUUCCAAACUUGCUGGUAAGAGCCUGACAUCCUAGUUACGUUACUGGGAAGGAUGUGAGUUUGUACGAGGAAUUCAGUUUUGCCUUUUUGAGAUUUAUUUGACCUCAAUUGAUGAACCUUCAAGCUUUGGAUUAUUGUAAACUUAAAUAUCGUUGUAAGUUCGUUGUUGCGUGGGAGUGCUUUUCAAUGACUUGCAUCAGAUGUUUGUUACAAUGUUAUGACAUAAUAUGUUUAUGUUUUGUAGUAUAUAAUGUAUUGUAGAUUAAUGA